AUGCAGGACCAUUCGGUGGUCUGCUGGGUCGCGUCGACGCCGUCCACGUGCGUCUGGCGCCACCCCUGCGUCGUUCUGGCGGCGCAGCUGCUGGUGCGGAGCGUCCUGCACUGGGGCUACGUCGUGCGCACCAAGCUGCCCCGCAUGGCCGCCGACUCGCUGGUGCAAGGCAUCCGCCAGCUCUCCGCCGCUGGCCGGCUGCGGCGGCGGCGCCUCAAAGGCCGCGGCGGCGGCGGCGGCGGCCGGGGCGAGGGCGCGGACAGCGGGGCCGACGGGGAUGACGAGUCGGAGGGGGCGCCGCCCAAGAAGCGGCGGCCGCCCGUUGAGACGCAGGGGCUGCCGACCGAGGUGCUGCAGCGGCUGGGCGCGUUCAUCUCAGCGGCGGACACGGCGUCCGCGCGGCUGGUCUGUCGCACCUGGCGCGACUGCUUGGGCGCACAGGUCGCGGUGGCGGCGCUGCCGCCGGCGCUGUGGCAGCGCCCCGUGCGCGGGCAGCUCGGGCAGCUGCGGCGCCUCACGGCCGCGUUCCCGCUGCUGCGCACGGUGCAGUGCACCUACGAGCGCGGCGCCGCGAUCGACGCGCGCAGCAUGCGCCGCACCGCCGGCCUGCUGGCGUGCACGACGCCGACGCUCGGCGGCGUGCGGCUGCGGGGGAUGGUGGACGCGGCGAACUGGCCGGCGCUCGCGGAGGGGCUCACGCCGCUCGCGCCGCAGCUGGUGUCUCUCGACCUGGGUGACGUCUGCUGGCCCGAUCCAGUCAGCAUGGAGUCCCUGGGCGCCAUGCUCUCGGGCCUGCAGCGGCUGCGGCUGCACAGCUCGGUGUUUUCGCGGCUGACGGCGCGGCACGUGGACGUCAUCGCGGGGAUGCAGCGGCUGAGGGAGCUGUCGUUGGGCUUCCGCACCGUGGACGGCACCGGGUCGGCCCCAAUGCCGCUGGACCCCCUCACGCGCCUCAGCCGCCUGGUGGCCCUAGACCUGGAGUACACUGGCCUGCUCGAGCUGUCCAACGGCGUCGGCUUCCGCCGCCCCGAGGACCUGUCCCGCCUCACCGCGCUGACGUCACUCGGCGUCAGACUCGUCCCGCUGCCCUCCCUCGACGGCCUCGGCGCGCUGCCGUCGCUGCGCGCGCUGCAGCUGCUGCAGAUGGCGCCCGUCAGCUCCCGCCAGGCGGCCGCGCUGUCGCGCUGCACGGGGCUGGCGCGCCUGGAGGUCGAGCCGCUGCCCUGGGAGCUGCUGCCGGCGCUUGCGCCGCUGGCCGGCCUGCGGUCGCUGUCGGUGCACCUGCACCAGCGCCACCGCGGCCGGCUGCCGCGGCACGCGGCCGACGCGAUGCUCGCGCUCGAGCCGCUGUCCGGCCUGCAGUCGUUCGGCCUGGCCGGCCAGAUAGAGCUCGAGGAGCGGCACGUGCUGGCCCUCGCGUCGGUGUGGCCCUGCCUGCGCGCGCUCGACCUGUGCUGCGGCCUCGCGCAUGGCACGUGCGGGUUCCGCGCUCUGGGCGCGCUGCGGCGGCUGCGGCUGAGCCCAUACCAUUGGGAUGUCUGGAGCGCCGAGGCGCCGCUGCUGCUGCACCCGGCGGAGCUGCCAGAUGGUCUGACGUGUUUGGAGGCGCGGGACGUGUGGGUGGCGGCGCCGGGGCCCGAUGCCGCGCGGAUGGGCGCGUCGGCGCGCACCUCCGACUUCAGCUGGCCGGGCGCGGGGCCAGGGGGCGGCCGAGACGGCGAAGGCGGCGGUGGCGGCGGCGGCUACGCGGGCUGCGGCGCGGCGGUCGCGGGGACGGGCGUCUGCGGGUGGCCGGAGCGGCCGGCGGGUUGGGGGCUCGGGCUCGGCGGCUGCGCGUGGCCGGGCGCGCCGGGCCUCUCGCGGACGCAGUCGUCGGGCGGCCUCAACCCCGCCGCCGCGGCGGCCGCGCGCGCCGCGGCGCUCACGCUCGCGGCGCCGCGGCUGCGGCGGCUCGUGCUGCGGUGCGUCGGGCCGAUGCACGGCGAGGAGACGCUGCCGCUGCCAAACCUGUCGCGCCUUGGGGCCCUGGAGGAGCUGGAUCUGCACCACUCCCAGAUCACAAGCCGCGAUCUGGAGGCGAUGACCACGGGCCCCGCGGCGCGCACGCUGCGCGCGCUGCGGCUCGUGAUUGCGGACGACGGCGCGCGGUCGUGGGGCGGCGCGCUCGCGAAGCUGACGCGGCUGACGGCGCUGGAGUCCCUGCAGGUGGGCGUUGUUUGCUCGCACCUCGCAGCGCACCUGGCCGCGCUCCGCCUCGGGCGUUGA